AUGAGCGCUGUUAUAGAAGCUCUUUAUAUCUAUGAUGAGACUAACACACCCAUCCUCGAGCAUGUCUACCGCUCGCGCCCUCCCCCUGCGACGGCAGUCCUCUCUCUCUUUCUCGCCCAUCCAGCCCCUCGACCGUCCCUGAUACAUCUUCCUGACGCCUCUCCCCCAGUCUCCGUCUUCUCAGUUUCUCAUACGAACCUCCUCUUCCUGGUCCCGUGCAGCGGCGAGGCCGAACCACUGUUGGUCCUCGAAUAUAUCCAUCGGGUUAUAGACGUUCUAGAAGAAUUUGUUGGUGCGCCUCUGCUAGGGACAAAGAUACAGAAUAGCUAUGAUGUAGUUGGCCAACUGCUGAACGAAAUGUGCGAUGCUGGCAUCGUGUGUAAUACCGAACCAAACGCUUUACAAGAGGCGGUUGAUGUGCCAGGGUGGAUGGGAAAGCUAUUAAGCGGAGUGGGAUUGCCAGGUGCAUCGCAGACUUCGGCGCUAUCAAAACCUCUAAGUCAGCCUCUAGCCUCUGCUCCUAUAGUAGCUGGGACGAAUGCGCCAGCGAUACCCUGGAGACGUCCUGGUGUUCGGCAUACGUCAAAUGAACUAUAUGUUGACAUAGUUGAGUCUUUAUCCGUUAUAUUUGCACCCUCUGGGAGGCCCAUAUCGGCUCUCGUUCAUGGCACAAUAGUGUUCACGGCAAAGAUAUCAGGAGUGCCGGAUCUGCUCCUUUCACUCAGCGCCCCUGGAGGUCAGAGGAGUCUUGCACAUAAGAUAGAAUUACCCGUGUUUCACCCAUGCGUUCGUCUGGCACGCUGGAGGGAGAAGCCCGGUGAACUGAGCUUCGUUCCACCGGACGGACGGUUUAUAUUAGGAGGAUAUGAAGUUAAUCUACUUCCAGUUGAUCCAGCAGACGAUAACCCGCCAGCCCAUAUGGAGAAAUUAUUCCUACCAGCUAUAGUGGAUAUAAAGAAAGGACUUGGUCCUGCAGGAUCAAAUUUUGAAGUGCGGUUAACCUUAAACAACAACUUCCCUGGAGCUUCAUCUUCGAGAAGCGGAGGAGGUGGGGGUGGAAUUGGUGGAAAUGGAGGAAUGGGGAGCUCAACAAGCCGUGGAUCAGGAUCAUCAACCCCUUCGUUCUUGAAUGUUGGAACCAUCGGUAGUAACUCAUCGUCCCCAAGUUUAGACGAUGUAGUGGUCACAAUCCCAAUCCCUCCAUCCGUGCGGAACAUUACAGAUAUUCAACCCAGUCGUGGUGAAGCAAGCUUUAUGCCUGGAAGCGACUCCCUAGAAUGGCGCCUACCUACGAAAGAGAGAGAUGGGUCUAUAUCCGGUAUAGCAACACUAAAAGGAACAAUACAAGGGCCACUCCAUGACCUUGACGAUGAUGAUGAGAUCGUUGAUGGGGUUGAUGGCCAAUCUCGACGACUCGGUUCAAACCCUCUCAGAGGAUACUAUGAUGAGACCCUAGCGCCGGCCACAAGUUAUCAGGAUUCAGGGGUGUCAGCAGACGAUACACCCCAGCCAGAGAAGACUGAUGGCCUAUCACCCACUACCAAACAAAUGAGGAAAAAGCAGGCUAAUGCCCUAUUAAUGCCGUCAUCUGCUUCUGUAUCAUUCUCUGUCCGUGGUUGGUUACCGAGUGGUAUACGUGUUGAUGCCUUGACGGUAGAUCCUCGGAGAAGUCGGGGCUUAGGGGAAGGAGUAAAGCCCUACAAAGGCGUUAAAUAUAUAUGUGUCAUGAAAAAGUACUGUUCAAUUAUAGAUUUGCUCGUUGGGUAA